GAAAGAGACAACCAGCUAAAGGCGAGCGCGCGGCCAUGUUGAAUUGUCGUUUUUUUAAAGAAGAGACAAUAGAGAGACAAGUCGGUGGGUUUCACGAAACACAAACAGUUUCAUAAUACUUGGGAAAAUUGCUUUAAUUAAGUUAACGAGAGAAGACGUUCGAUGAACAUUAAGGUAACCAGGAGUUGAAUGCAAAUGUGACUGAGGAGUGUGUCAGCUCCACAUCUACCACAGCAAAAGAAGAGCACAACAGCAGAACACACAUUGUUACUGUCAAAGUGAACAGCACAAAGGGUUGGAACUAUUUCCCUCAGUGUUUUGUGCAAGUAAUUUUUUUUGUGGUUGACAAGAGCACGAUUUUUUUGCUUCAUAACACACCAAAAAAACACCAAGUUGAAAGACUCAGAAAAACAUUGGAAAAGUCCAUGUGAAUCAGAGGACAGUACAGGUCUGUUUGAAUGUAAAAGCACUUGAGACUAACAAAGAAACGUACGACCACUUCAGUCCAGGAAAAACGGUGAAAAGGUCUUUGACCAUAGAAACGAUAUUAAAAACUUUACAGGUUGUUGUACACGGAAAAGAGACUUCAGAAAAAGCUAUUUUCACCAGGAAUAAGACUGCUUCAGGAUAAUUUACUUUAAUGUUUGAAUUCUGAAACACUUUCACAAAGGUUUGUUUUUUUGAGCGGAUAUAUGAUCUAUUUAUUCAUAUAAAUGCUAAUUUCUCCCUUUUUCGGGAGCGUCGUCUUGUAAAUAUACAAUUUUCAUACUCCAGACUCUUCUUUUCAAGAGGGCUGUACGUAUAAGUGUAUACAUAAAUUCUUUAAAUUAGAAAUUCUGAAAACAAGGUUUUAUUUUUUUUGUGAACUAAAUAACACAAGGACAUUAGUUCCACGAGUGGAAAAACAAGAUCUAAGGAAACAUUGGAUAGGGGGAAAAAAGUUUAGCUUUACACUGUGAGUGACUAAGGAAUUGACAAACUGUGAAGGAAAAGCUCUCUAAGCCAUGUCUUCAGCAAGAACGGAGAACCCAACAUCCAUAAUGGGACUGAACAAGCCCAACGGGCAGUUUAGAGGACCACUCAAGCCAGUUGGACUAACAUCAGGAUCCCUGGCAACUGCCCCACAACCAGAUGCCCACCAGAAGGGAGGUAACAUUCCCCAGGGCAGUGGGGGCAUCCGUUUUGGCGAUGACUGGAAGAAGUGCCUGCAGCUUCCACAGAAAGACUGCAGAUUUAGAACAUCAGAUGUGACAUCGACCAAGGGGAAUGAGUUUGAAGACUACUGCCUGAAGCGGGAGCUACUGAUGGGGAUCUUUGAGAUGGGCUGGGAGAAACCAUCUCCUGUACAGGAGGAGAGCAUCCCCAUUGCUCUGUCAGGAAGGGACAUCCUGGCCCGGGCUAAGAACGGCACCGGGAAAAGCGGAGCCUACCUCAUUCCUCUCCUGGAGAGGAUAGACCUGAAGAAGGACCACAUACAGGCCAUGGUGAUGGUUCCUACACGAGAGUUGGCCCUGCAGGUGAGCCAGAUCAGCAUCCAGGUGAGCAAGCACAUGGGUGGGGUCAAGGUCAUGGCCACCACGGGAGGCACCAACCUGAGGGACGACAUCAUGCGUCUGGACGAGACUGUGCAUGUGGUGAUAGCCACACCAGGCAGGAUCCUGGACCUGAUAAAGAAGGGCGUGGCCAAAGUGGAUAAAGUCCAGAUGAUGGUGAUGGAUGAGGCAGACAAGCUGCUGUCUCAGGACUUUGUGGUUCUCAUCGAAGACAUCAUCAGCUUCCUGGCUAAGGGUCGUCAGAUCCUACUCUACUCUGCCACCUUCCCCAUCAGUGUGCAGAAGUUCAUGGCGAAGCACCUUUCAAAGCCCUAUGAGAUCAACCUGAUGGAUGAGCUCACGCUGAAGGGCAUCACCCAGUACUACGCCUACGUCACUGAGAGGCAGAAAGUCCACUGCCUCAACACCCUCUUCUCCAGGCUCCAGAUCAACCAGUCCAUCAUCUUCUGUAACUCCACACAGAGGGUUGAGCUGCUGGCCAAGAAGAUAACCCAGCUGGGCUACUCCUGCUUCUACAUCCACGCCAAGAUGAUGCAGGAGUACAGAAACCGUGUGUUCCAUGACUUCAGAAACGGACUCUGCAGGAACUUGGUCUGCACAGAUCUGUUCACCAGGGGAAUUGACAUCCAAGCGGUGAACGUAGUGAUCAACUUUGACUUCCCCAAGAAUGCUGAGACGUACCUGCAUCGCAUCGGCAGAUCAGGGAGGUUUGGUCACCUGGGUCUGGCCAUCAACCUGAUCACCUCUGAGGACCGCUUCAACCUGAAGUCCAUCGAGGACCAGCUGGUGACCGACAUUAAGCCCAUCCCCGGCAGCAUCGACAAGGGCCUGUACGUGGCAGAGUUCCACUCUGCCGACCCAGACGCCGAAGACGAGAUCAGAGGCAAGGACGGCGAGUUAAGCGCAGCAUAAACGGAGAACAAGAGGCGUCUGGCAUUCAUCACACCAUCCCCUGCUGCGCACAGACAUUCAGAUUAGUUUGACUGAAUAUAAAAAAUUCUACAGGAUGCAUCUUCCAGUUAUUUUUUUGUUGGGGGGGGGUAACGUUUACAGCAGUGGUCAGUUUGUUAACCAACAUGAUAUGUACCCAACCUGUCAAUUUUCUAAGUCUGCCGUCUUUCUGUAUGGUCAGUGUAUCACUGUGGUGGCUUCUUAUACAGUCACAUUUCAUAAUUUCCUGUUGAAAAGGCCCUCCUCGCUUGUCAGGUUCACUUCCUAUAGACUUAUUUCUGAGCAGAUGACUGUCGAGGAAACCAAACCAAAGCUGAACAUGUUGAUAGGGGAAUAUGGAUUUACUCAAAAAA